UUCAUUCUCAACCCUGGCACCUUUUCCUAUUCAAACAUUUAUUGAAGUCAUGCCUUCCAAGUCCUAGGCACCUAUGGGCUGGCCUACCUACACAUGAGACAAUCAUGGGAAGUAGUUACCUGAGGCUUUGGAAGAACUGAGACAAAGAUAGCACUUGUCUGAUGAGACCACGUUCCUGGUACUCUGCUAGGUAACAUGGGUAGCGCACAAAAAGAAAUCAGCUGCAAAUCUUACCCUUAAAGAAUUUGCAGUCUAAUCAGAUAAUUCAGAUACAGCAACCAGAAAUCACUAUGCUAGGUGAAAAAUCGUCCAGACUAAGUGCAUGUCCCCUAGCUCCUUGUUUUUUCUGUAUUUCUCCAGAAGGGAAGAAAUUACAUAAUACAUCUUUCCAGGGCAUGGGCAGCGGCCCUGGCAUCCAGGCUAGCAGAGAGGGCUUCAGGGCCACGAACUUGUCCUUGGGCUCUGAGUUGCCUUUCCCAGUUGCAGAGAAAGUCCCUGCACAGGCCGAAUUCGGCACAGCAGUGUGAGAUGGUGGAGUACGGAAGGAAUGCCCUGAGGCCAGGAAGCAGCUGUGACAAUUGGCAGGCGGUGGCCGAGGCGGGAUGAUCCGUGGAGACAGGCUUCCGACAGAAUGAAGUCUGUGAGGAGGCCUAUGACCGGAGAGCGCAGACAAUCCUCUGGAGACGGACUCUGUGGAGACUCCUCACAGGGAUUCGGAAGGCUGGAGCUAUGUUCGGGUCCGGGUCUGGGUCCAAGUCUCAGUGAAGGGGGGAGUCAUGGGAGGUGGAUCGAGGAGAGCGCGGUGUAGAGAGGCUCCCUGAAGACUGCGGUGAAUUUGGUUGUGGGGGUGGGCAAGCCCUGAGGAUUCCAGGGCUCUGGGGAGAUCAGGCAGUGAGGACUGGGGCCUGAAGGCAAACUCUAAGCCCGGUCCGCAGGGUACGAGGAGACGCCAACCCGCCGAGCGCAGAAAAGCCCAGAAGAAAGGACCAGAGCGGGCAGCGAGCCCAGCGCGCGCCAACCGCUGAGGCGCCUCGGGAAGGCUCACCCACCCGCCGCCGCGCCCGUUCUCAUUGGCACCUCUUACUUUCCCGCGGAUUGGCUACCUCUGAGUCCAAUAAAGCCGGCUUGAGCCCUACUUCCGCAUGGGACACCGUACUCUAGCUUCCGCCCCGGCCCUGUGGUCCUCUAUCCCCUGUCCACUCUCUGAACUGCGUCUGGACUUGGUUCUGGCUUCUGGACAGUCCUUCCGGUGGAGGGAGCAAAGCCCUGCACACUGGAGUGGCGUGCUGGCGAACCAGGUAUGGACACUGACCCAGACUGAGGAGCAGCUCUAUUGCACUGUGUACCGAGGGGAAAAGGGCCAGGUUGGCAGGCCCACGCCAGAAGAGUUAAAGGCGGUGCACCAGUACUUUCAGCUGGAUGUCAGUCUGGCUAAACUGUAUCACCACUGGAGUUCCAUGGACCCUCACUUCCAAGGAGUAGCUCAGAAGUUUCAAGGUGUGCGACUCCUGCAACAGGACCCCAUCGAGUGCCUUUUCUCCUUCAUCUGUUCCUCCAACAACAACAUUGCCCGCAUCACUGGCAUGGUGGAGCGGCUCUGCCAGGCCUUUGGACCUCAGCUCAUCCAGCUUGAUGAGAUCACCUACCAUGGCUUUCCCAGCCUGCAGGACUUGGCUGGGCCACAGGUGGAGACUCAACUCAGGAAGCUGGGCCUGGGGUACCGUGCCCGCUAUGUGAGCGCCAGUGCCCGGGCCAUCCUAGAAGAACAGGGUGGGCUGCCCUGGCUUCAACAGCUGCGCAAGGCCUCCUAUGAGGAAGCCCACAAGGCCCUCUGCACCUUGCCCGGUGUGGGCACCAAGGUGGCCGACUGCAUCUGCUUGAUGGCCCUAGACAAGCCCCAGGCCGUGCCAGUGGACGUCCACAUGUGGCAGAUUGCCCAACGCGACUACAAUUGGCACCCCACCACUACCCAAGCCAAAGGUCCAAACCCCCAGGCCAACAAGGAAUUGGGAAACUUCUUCCGAAGGCUGUGGGGACCUUAUGCUGGCUGGGCCCAAGCGGUGCUGUUCAGUGCUGACCUGCGCCAGCCUCACCAAGCUCCGGAGCCACCCACCAAGCGCAGAAAGAGAUCCACAGGGCCUGAGAGCUAGGUCGGGGACACUAGACAAAGGGAUUCCCCAGCACCUUCCUGUUCCAUUCCCCACUACUCUCUCCCAUCCAGCCUCAUGUUGGGGAGGAGGACUCCCUAGAACUACCUCAGAGGCUAGGCACCCUCAAGUCAAGCAGUCGGCACAACAGCGUGGGGUGGGCUUAUCUGGGGAGACAGAGAGCUACGUAUGGUUUUAUCCUCUUCACUUUAUUACAAGAAGGAACAAUAAAAUAGAAACAUUUGUAUGGAAAA